CCCUUCUCUCCCCCUCAUCCCAACUCUUCUCUUCUCAUACUAUUUCACUCUACAAGACUACAACUAACAAGAAAAUCACAGCAGCACCAAACUCAUACAUGGCGGUUGAAGCUCAGCAUCACCACCUCUCUGUUUUCAUUCCUUCGCAGUCGAUACCGAAUAGAAUGAAGAGUACUCAAGUAAACGGCAAUAUGUACAAUAGCCAGAUGGAUUCCGGACUGCUUCUGGCUUCAACAAUGCCGGAAAAUUAUCUUAUGCCGUUGUAUCAGUCUUCUAUGUGUGAUCAGGCUAAGACAUCGAUGAAUCAGGCGGAAAGUGGUCUCACGUACAACAACUUCAUAUCUGCUCCGAGAAAACGGUCGAGAGAUUCGUUAAUGAAUGAGUUUAACAAUUUCACGGUUCCUCAGCAGAAGAAACUCUCGUCCGGUCUUUCAUCAUCGUUUCUCGACCAAGACAUUGCCUUUCAGAUCCAACAACAGCAAUCAGAGAUCGAUCGAUUCAUUACCCAACAUACGGAAAAAGUGAGGCUAGAACUUGAAGAACAAAGACGACAUGAAUCACAAAUGUUAGUGUCGGCAAUUCAAGAGAGAAUUGUCAAGAAAUUACAAGAAAAAGAUGACGAGAUACAAAGGAUGGGAAAGCUUAAUUGGGUUCUUCAAGAAAGGGUAAAAAGUCUGUUCGUGGAAAAUCAAAUAUGGAGGGACUUGGCACAAUCAAACGAAGCGGCGGCCAAUUCUCUGCGCUCCGAUUUAGAACAAGUGCUGGCGCACGUCAGCGAAGAAGGGAACCAAACGGGAAAUUUAGCCACUGCAGCUGCGCCCGAAGAUGAUGCAGAGUCAUGCUGCGGUAGCAACGAUUACGGACAUGACACUGAAGUUGAGGGGCGGUUAGUUGGUUGCGCUGACACGGUGGUUGGCGGUGGCGAUAGGAUGUGCAAGAGGUGUGGCGUGAGAGAGUCAAAGGUGUUGUUGCUGCCAUGCAGGCAUCUUUGCCUUUGUACAAUGUGCGGGUCUACCCUUCAAAAUUGUCCAGUUUGUGAUUCUGUCAUGAAUGCCAGCGUGCAUGUUAAUUUCUCUUAGAAUUUAAAUUUAGUUUGAACAGAGAUAUAAUUUUUUAGUUUGAAAAAAAAAACAGAAGGAAUUAGUGUAACGAUUUGUUUAUUAUUUAUCUUUUGCCUCGAGUAAAUAUUAGCGAAUCAGAUUAUCUGCA